AUGGGAUUCAAUAAUUGGAAAAAGGCAAUGGAAAGAUUUAAUGAACAUAUUGGAGCUGUGAAUAGUUGCCAUAAUGAUGCUAGAAUACAGUUUGAAAGUUUUCAAGAUCAAAGGCAUAGUGUGUCAAAUGUGCUACGAUCUUGUGGGCGCGAAAUAGAUAUUGCAUAUCGCACCCGUUUAACUGCUGCUCUGGAUGUGACCCGCUUUCUUUUGAAGCAAGGAUUGGCUUUUCGUGGAAAUGAUGAGUCAACUAGUUCUUCAAAUAGAGGCAAUUUUCUUGAAUUGUUUGAGUGGUAUAGCCAGCGAAAUACUGAGAUUUUUGAGGUUGUAAAUCAAAAUGCUCCUGCAAAUAAUCAACUAACUUCUCCAAUGAUUCAAAAAGAUCUGGCACAUGCUUGUGCCUCAGAGAUCACAAGUGUUAUAAUCAAUGAUAUUGGAGACAAUUAUUUUUCCCUAAUAGUUGAUGAGUCUCGAGACAGUUCAGUGAAAGAGCAAAUGGGAGUUGUUUUGAGAUAUGUGAACAAAGAAGGGCGUGUGAUUGAACGUUUCCUUGCAAUUGUACAUGUGUCUGACACCACAUCUCUUUGUUUGAAAGAUGCAAUUGAUUCUUUAUUCGCGCAACACGGAUUAUCAUUAUCCAAAUUGAGAGGUCAAGGAUAUGAUGGAGCUUCAAAUAUGCGAGGUGAGUUCAAUGGUUUGAAGGCCCUUAUAUUACAAGAAAAUCCCUAUGCGAUGUAUAUUCACUGUUUUGCUCACCAACUCCAGUUAGUUAUUGUUGCUGUUGCUAAGGGAAAUAUCAUUGUCAGUGAAUUCUUUGUCUAUGUCUCUAUGAUUGUCAAUUUAACUGGAGCAUCAUGUAAAAGGAGAGAUCAAUUAAGACAAAUAGAACAUGAUAAGAUUGUUACACUUUUAGACAGUGGAGAUAUUAUUAGUGGAAAAGGCAAAAAUCAAGAAACUAGUUUAGCAAGACCAGGGGAUACUCGUUGGGGAUCACACUAUCUAACAUUACUUCGUCUAUCCUCUAUGUGGGCUUCGGUGAUUGGAAUAUUGGGAAAUAUACAAGAUGAUGCCACCACUUCUGACAAUAGAGGUAUGGCCAGGGGUUUGAUUGAUAGAAUGAAUGAUUAUGAGUUUGUUUUUGCAUUGCACCUGAUGAAGUAUUUAUUGGGAAUCACAAAUGACUUGUCACUUGUUUUGCAACAAAGGGAUCAAAAUAUUGUCCAAGCCAUGAGUUUGAUUGAUACUAUGAAAUCUCAAUUGCAAGACUUUAGGGAAGAGGGAUGGCAAAUAAUUUUAGAUGAAGUCAACAAUUUUUGUGAGUUGAAUAUGAUUCCCGUGAUUGAUAUGGAAGACAGUAUAGCAAUCCGUGGCAAUGCCAGGCGCAGUCGCAGAGGUCAAACCAUCACUAAUUUUCAUCAUUAUCGCGUGAAAAUUUUUUGUGAGGUUGUUGAUUUAAUUAUACAAGAGAUGAAUAAUCGUUUCUCGGAAAAACUACUCCGUCUUGCUGAUUUAUAUCCUGAAGACUUCUCAAGUAACGAUUAUUUAUAUCUUGAGUCUCAACUUCGAAAUUAUAUUUAUAAUGUGCAACGCGAUCCUCAAUUUUCAGAAGUUGGAGAUUUGGGAAGUCUUGCUCAACAAAUGGUUAAAACUGGUAAAAAUACAGUUUUUCCAUUGGUUUAUCGUCUGAUCCAGUUGGCAUUAGUUCUACCAGUUGCGACUGCUUCUGUUGAAAGAGUAUUUUCUGCAAUGAAUAUUGUCAAGACUGAUUUGCGCAACAAAAUGGGAGACGAGUGGAUGAAUGACUGUCUGGUUGUAUACAUCGAGAAGGAUAUUUUUGCAACAAUUGAAAAUGAGCAAAUAUUGCAGCGUUUUCAACGGAUGAAGACUCGCAGAAUGCAAUUGCCUCCUCUUCGUUAUUCGAGUGCAACAACUACCAAUACUUCAAGUGUUAAUCAAUAA